UCGGUCGGCGAGGGAAUCGACGGGCGGCUUGUCGCUGGCCGGCGACUGAGAGGGCGCGUACAAUGUUUGCCCUUGCUGUGCAACUGAUUUUCUGGUUUGUUGGCGUCGCCGUCAUCACACUCGCGUCUCUCGUGGUUGCCGUUCUCUGCGCUGUUCAUGUCGCGAGGAGAGCCACCUGGAAGAAGCUCGCUCGCUUCCCCGGUCCUAACGAGGAUAUACCCCUGCGAUGGGUCUUGCAGCAACACUCACAUGCUGCUUCCGUCAAGCACAGGACGCCGUACAACGUGUCCAUGCUCGAAAUACGGAUGGCGUACUUCCAGAUGUUUAAAAAGUAUGGACUCUUUAGAUUUUAUAUAGGGCCUCAUCCUACAGUUGCUGUUUUCAAGGCUGACUACAUUGAGACAGUGCUCAAUGGUCAAAGCACAAUCGAAAAGUCGGUUGAUUACGAAGUCUUGCAUUCAUGGUUAGGCACUGGACUUUUGACAAGCUCUGGAAUGAAAUGGAAGACAAGGCGGCGCUUGCUGACACCCUCGUUUCACUUCCGUAUUCUCGAUUCAUUCGUCCGGCCAAUGAACAUGCGAGCUCGAAUUACUGUGGAAAAGCUACGACAGCGCUGCUCAGAACCCUGGAUCGAUAUCGCUCCGCUGGUGGCUGACUGCACCCUGAACAUUUUGUUGGAGACCAUCAUGGGUGUGAUUCCCGAAGAAAAGGAGGAGUUAUGUCGCUCAUACGUUGCAGCAGUUCAUUAUUUGUCGAGUCAGAUUACUUUUCGGGUGCAGUCGCCGUGGUUACUCAUCGAUGCCAUUUAUUUCCGGACUGACUUCGGCAAGGCAUACCAGAAAAACACGGAAAUCGUUCACAACUUCACCUCCAGGGUUAUCAAAGAACGCCGCAAAGAGCUCGUGAGAAAUAAUGACGAUCACAAAGAGGUGGAAGAGGAACACGAAGGGAUCUACAACAGAAAGCGACUGCUUACGUUUUUAGAUAUUCUCUUGCGCUAUAGUAUUGAAAAUGAAGGCUCAAUAAGCGAUGAUGAUAUCAGGGAAGAAGUGGAUACCUUCAUGUUCGAGGGCCAUGACACAACGGCGGUGGCGAUUUGCUGGACAUUGUAUAUGAUGGGACUGCACCAAGACCACCAGCGAAAGGUUCACGAAGAAUUGGACUCUGUCCUGGGAACGCAUGCAGAAAAGGACGUCACUACUGAACACAUGAAGGAGCUUCAGUAUCUCGACUGCGUCAUCAAGGAAUGCCAAAGGCUCUUCCCGUCGGUACCAAUUAUCGGUCGUGAGAGCCUAGAAGACUUCAAGCUAGGGGACUACACAAUUCCCAAGGGCACAACGAUCGACGUCUUCAUUUACGCACUUCAUCGAGACCCGAAAGUCUUUCCAGACCCAGAGAGGUUUGACCCGAUGCGAUUCCUGCCAGAAAACAUAAGCAAGCGUCAUUCGCACGCUUUCAUCCCGUUCUCGGCUGGAUCAAGAAACUGCAUAGGUCAACGGUUUGCAGCAAUGGAGCUGAAAAUUGUGAUCUCCACCAUCCUACAUAACUUCACCGUGGUGGCGUUGGAUCAACGUGACAAGAUGCUCCUCUCCAGUGACCUGGUGUUGAGGGCAGCUAAUGGAAUAAGGCUUUCUCUGACGCCAAGAGUUUGCGGAUAGCUUCCAAAUACGCCUGUCAUUAGGACGUCGCCCAAGUUUGUUUGCUGUGUCUUUUUUUCUAGUGUCUGUUCGGAAUAUACAUGUAGUACAGUUCAAUAACAUAUGUGUGAAUCCUGUAAAGGCACGUGAAAUUACCUCUGUAAAUAAAGUUUAGAAUGACAGACAAUUGA